AUGGUGGGAACCUCAAGCUGCCAUAUAUUCUCCUUGUUUUUUCCAGCUUUAUUGCUUCUUCUGCUUCUUCUUCCUUCCUCUCCCCUUAACAGCAACCGAUUUCCCCAAGUUUUGACUUCCUUCUCGCCUUUCCUUCGCGACGAAACCGAUCAGACGCCGUCGCCGCCGCGUGUUUCCCUCGACGGGGUUCUGUCGACUUCCGUGUAUAAAAGCAGUAAACUUAAUACUGCAAUUAUCAAAAAGAAGAAGAGCAACCUGGAGAAGAUUGAAGAUGAUUUGGCUAAAGCACGAGCUGCCAUUCUCAGAGCAGUUCAAUUGCAGAAUUUUACAUCAGAGAAAGAAGAGAUCUUUGUUCCAAAAGGAUCCAUUUACAGAAACGCAUAUGCCUUUUACCAGUUAAGUACUUAA